AUGCUUGUGCCAGCCCACUUCCUGCUGCUGCUGCUGCUGCUGCUCCAAGGGGCCCCCAGGAUGAGUCUGUCCCAUAAGUUCUCCAAAGCCGAGUCCAUCUUCUGCUGUAUCAACAUGGCCCUGUCUGAGGCCAAGAAGAACCAGCUGGAGGAUAUACCCCUGCUGAGCAAGAGAGGCUUCCCCUACCUACCCAGCCAGGACCCAUCCUCAGAUGAGGACAAAGAAAAGGAUGAGGAGGGAGAAGACAAGAAGAAAAGGGCCUUCUCGGCUCCUAGGGGCAGUGGUGGAGCUGGGAGCUCUCGGUACAAGUACUUAUCCCAAGCACAGCUCAAAGGGAAGCUGUACCAGAACAAGGCCAAGAGUGACCGGCACACCAAGUUCACUCUAUCCCUUGAUGUCCCCACUAAUGUCAUGAAUGUCCUCUUAAACAUUGCCAAGGCCAAGAACUUGAGAGCCAAGGCAGCUGCCAAUGCCCAUCUGAUGGCACAGAUUGGACGAAAGAAGUAG